CGGCGACGAGAUCUGGUGCGGGACGGAAGAGUGGCGAGAGUUGGAGCCGAAGAAGCAGUGAGGUCGGCCAGAGCGAGAACCGGAGCUGGGGGGGGCGUGUGAGAGGUAACGCGGCGGGUCCCGAAAGCCCGGAAUUUGGUACAUAAACGCGGCGUGAAUGAGACAGGCAAGCUGGAGGACUUCGACAUGGCAUCCGGAGAAACUCUGUACAUCGGGUCGGACGGCACGGAGAUGCCGGCCGAGAUUGUAGAGCUCCACGAGAUAGAAGUGGAGACCAUCCCGGUGGAAACCAUCGAGACCACGGUGGUCGGAGGCGAGGACGACGACGAAGACAACGACGAUGUACAGCCCAUGAUCGCGCUCCAGCCGCUGGACGACGAACCCGGGUCCCUCCACCACCACCAGUACCACCACCAUCACCACCCAGAGGUUAUCCUAGUCCAGACACGCGAGGAGGUAGUCGGCGGGGAUGACUCUGACCUGCAUACGGAUGACGGCGGCGGGGGCUUCGAGGACCAGAUUCUCAUCCCGGUGCCAGCCCCCGGGGUGGAAGACGAGUACAUCGAACAGACGUUAGUGACUGUUGCCGGGAAGAGCUCCAUGGGACGGGUGAAACGAGGAGGCGGUAGCGGUGGCUCGGGCGGGAAGAAAGCGGGAAAAAAGAGCUAUUUGAGCGGCGUGGAGACAGGAGCAAGGAAAUGGGAACAGAAGCAAGUGCAGAUAAAAACUCUGGAGGGGGAAUUCUCCGUGACGAUGUGGGCGUCGGACAACCAUAAAGACAUUGACCACGAGUCGGUCGUGGAGGAGCAAAUUGUGGGUGACAACUCCCCGCCCGACUACUCGGAGUACAUGACUGGCAAGAAGCUGCCCCCGGGCGGCAUCCCAGGCAUUGACCUCUCAGACCCCAAGCAACUGGCCGAGUUUGCCAGGAUGAAACCCAGGAAAAUCAAAGAGGACGAUGCUCCCAGGACGAUAGCGUGCCCUCAUAAAGGCUGCACAAAGAUGUUCAGGGACAACUCGGCCAUGAGGAAGCAUCUGCACACCCAUGGCCCCCGCGUCCACGUCUGCGCUGAGUGCGGCAAAGCCUUCGUGGAGAGCUCCAAGCUCAAGCGCCACCAGCUCGUCCACACGGGGGAGAAGCCCUUCCAAUGCACCUUCGAAGGCUGCGGCAAGCGCUUCUCGCUGGACUUCAACCUUCGCACCCACGUGCGCAUCCACACGGGCGACCGUCCGUACGUGUGCCCAUUUGACGGCUGCAAUAAGAAGUUUGCGCAGUCCACCAACCUCAAGUCGCACAUCCUCACACACGCCAAAGCCAAGAACAACCAAUGAGACACCUCACUCUCCCAUCUGCUCCUCAAUGCGCCGUACCCCCCCCCCCCCAAAAACAAAAAACACUGAACACAAUUUUUUCUUGCCCCACCCCGCCGCCAUUGGCAUUUCGAAUGGGAUAGAUGGAGCCUGCUCCCACCACAGAAGACUUUUUUUGCCAGAGUGGUUUUCAUAUAGUCACAUGGCUUUUAUUUGCCAUUCCGGUGUGCAUAUUGUACACCAACAACAUAUGUUACGCCCUUCUAGUCGGCACAAGAAAACAACCACCUAUACUGUACUCAUCAUAGACGUCUGGACAAGGAGGUGUGAUUCUUUAAACUGUUUUAUCAAAACAUUUACUGGUUUUUCCUGUUCACGACCAGUGAGCAGUGGAUAAGUGCGAGUGUCACUACUUUUUUGUUUCAAAUGUGCUGUACAGACUUGAGAAAAAAUACUCUUCUCUUUUUGUCUCCAUAUUGUUGUAUAUCAACUGGCCACAAUAAAAGAAAAAAAAAACACUCAUCCCUGUUGGAAUAGUAACACGACUGAUGCAAAGGAUGUCUCUCCUAAUUCACCUUUCACAUUUAAAUUUAGUUUUUUUCUUUUAUAUUUCAGGCAUCUGGCAGCAAAACAGUUCAUCAGAUGUGUGUGUGUUUUUUAAUCAUUGUAUGAUUUUGAUUUCGAAGACGGUUUGCAACAAAUGGUAAGAUGUAUUUGCUUGAACUAAUAUUUGAGGUUGCCUUCUCUCGUGUGACCUUUUGCUGUUGUGGUUUACAAUAUUUUGGUGCGCUUCUUUGCAUAAGUACGUGGGUCAAACUGAUAUCACCGCAGUAAUAAAUACUUUGUUAGAGGAAGGCAUUUUCAUUAUAUUCAUGUAAUUUCCACUUUACAGUAAAGCAGGAAAAGUAAUUCACUGGAA